AUGUCGCCUCAUCCUCUAGCCACCGUCCGCUCGCCUGCACCUAAGCCACCCCCACCCUCCUAUUUCCAAUCUACUCCAGUUAGCCAAGACACGAUCCAGCAAAAGGAGCUUCUUCUCCACCUGUAUGCUUACCAGCACCUCCAGGGAAGACCAAAUGGUAACCAGAGAGUCAUAGUGGAUCCAGAGCUUCCCGGGCAUUUCGGCACCCUCGCUGCCAAUGACUGGAGCAUAUACGAUGGCCCGGCUGAUGGCCCCGGUGCAAAUCUUGUUGCGCGUGCUCAAGGUUUGCACAUUGGGGCUCAGAUGGCUAAAGAAAGCUAUUUCAUCUGUUUUAACAUGGUGUUCGUCGAUCCGAGGUUUAUGGGCUCCAGUUUCAAGGUGAUGGGGGAUUUUCAAGCAAAUGAAGGCGAGUGGGCAAUCGUCGGCGGGACCGGAGAGUUUGCGUAUGCACAAGGUGUCAUCACUUACAAGAAGACCCAAUUGGCAACAGGAGGAAAUAUGAGAGAACUUCAUGUUCGUGCUUUGUGCCUUUCCUUGUCAAAACCAGCGGAAACGCCUUGCUCUGACUCGAGCAUACCGGAUAUUGGGCCAUGGGGUAAAACUAGUGGGGAAUUCCUCGACGUCCCAGCGAUACCGCAACGUCUAGAAAGUGUGACGAUUCGUCAUAGUCCUCACAUCGUGUCGCUUGCAUUUUCUUUCACCGACCAAGCCGGUGAAAAGCAUACCGUUGGUCCGUGGGGUGGCCAGGGCCUACCCCCCAAUGUGUAUAGUAAGGAGACGAUCGAGCUUGGUCCUUCGGAGUUCGUGAAAGAAAUCCGUGGGACAGUGCUGCCUGCUGGACCACUGGCCGUUCAAUAUACUAUUGCUGCUGUAAUAGCAUCACUAGAAAUUGACACCAAUAUCAGAACGUACGGGCCUUUCGGAUUACGAAAUGCACAUCCUUUCAGUGUUCCGGUGCAUGGCAACAAUAGCAUCAUAGGUUUCUUUGCGCGCGCUGGGAAAUACGUGGAGGCACUUGGGGUUUAUGUCGGUCCAUCCGUUUCAAACUAG